AUGGGUUUCAAAGUCACAACACUUUGGAAGGCGCCAGAGAUCAAUCCGGUAAAUGGAAAGGCUCGUUCGAUCCCGAUUCUCAACCCUUUCAAUAAGCAUGGAAGGGUGUUCCACUUUGCUUGGUUCGGAUUUAUGAUUGCCUUCCUGGCAUGGUAUGCCUUUCCACCGCUGUUAAGUGUUGCAAUCAAGAAAGAUCUCAAGUUGACCCAAAAUGAGAUCGCAAACUCGAAUAUCAUUGCUCUGACUGCAACGCUUCUCGUUCGUUUAGUUGCAGGACCGAUGUGUGAUCGUUUCGGCCCCAGGAACACUUUUGCAGUAACCUUGAUCGUCGGUGCUAUUCCCAGUGCUCUCGCCGGUACAAUCUCUGGGCCAGGAGGUCUCUACGCAAUACGUUUCUUCAUCGGAAUCCUUGGUGGAUCUUUCGUGCCUUGCCAAGUAUGGUCGACUGGAUUUUUCGAUAAGAAUGUCGUGGGAACUAGCAAUGCUCUGACAGCAGGCUGGGGUAACGCUGGUGGAGGAAUAACAUACUUCGUCAUGCCCGCCAUUUAUGACUCGCUUAAGAAGGAUCAACAUCUCACUUCGCACGUUGCUUGGAGAGUCUCCUUUAUCGUCCCGUUUAUUAUCAUCACCUUUACUGCCAUCACGAUGGUGCUCCUCUGUCCUGAUACCCCUACAGGAAAGUGGUCGGAACGCCACCUCGCCGUCCAGCAAAACCUCCAGGCCCACGGCAUCCGUGGCGAGGAAGUUGUCGACAUCCCCGGCACCAUCACAGACCACCAGAAGACCGGCACAAACAUACUGGGUAGCUCAAGCGACGAAAAGCGUCUCGAAGAAGAAGCAGGCAUUGCAAGUGCUAAGCACGGUUCAUUUGACCACGAAGCCACCAUGAGCGAACAAGAUAUGCUGAGUGCUGCACGGGGCGAAGUGGUCGUCAAGCCCUCCUUCCAAGAAGCCAUGUCUGUCAUCUUCACACCCCAAACCUUAGUAGUGGCCGCAUGCUACUUCUGCUCUUUCGGCGCCGAAUUAGCCAUCAACUCCAUCCUAGGCGCUUACUACCUAAAGAACUUCCCCAAGCUCGGUCAAACCGGCACCGGUCGCUGGGCUGCCAUGUUCGGCCUCCUGAACGUAGUGUGCCGUCCCUUUGGCGGAAUAGUCUCGGAUAUCGCCUACAAGAAGACCGGCAAGGUCUGGGCGAAGAAGAUACUGGUGCACUCAUUUGCGCUUGUCACCGGGGCCUUCCUCAUAGCUAUCGGGCUCGUGAACUCGCAUUCCCACUCGACCAUGUUCGGACUCGUCGCUGGCAUGGCAUUCUUCCUCGAGGCUGGAAACGGAGCGAACUUCUCCCUUGUGCCGCAUGUCCACCCUUCUGCCAACGGCAUCAUUUCCGGAGUCACGGGCGCGAUGGGGAAUUUCGGUGGCAUCAUCUUUGCUAUCAUCUUUAGAUAUCUUGGCAACGAUUACGGUAAGGCUUUCUGGAUCAUUGGUGUUGUGACCAUUGGUCUCAAUUUCGCUGUUUGCUGGAUCAAACCGAUUCCCAAGGGCCAGGUUGGUGGUCGUUGA